UAUCUGCCGACGCAUGCGCAAAAAAACCCUAGGACGGUGCAAUGCCUUUGGCUAAAGACUUCCUCCAUCCUGCCAUUGACCAUGAGAGAAGACAACACAAAAAGAAAAGACUUGUUCAGAGUCCUAACUCCUACUUUAUGGACGUGAAGUGCCCAGGUUGCUACAAGAUCACCACUGUGUUCAGCCAUGCUCAGACAGUGGUGCUGUGUGUGGGAUGCUCAACUGUGUUGUGCCAGCCAAAAGGAGGAAAGGCCAGAUUGACAGAAGGUUGCUCUUUCAGGAGGAAGCAACAUUAAAAAGGAUUACACACUCAAUCAUGUCUGUAAUUAAGUCAUGCUGUUGAUUAAUCAUUUAUCUUUUCCAUUGAUUUCAAUGUAGUUGUGCAUUCAGUAAAGACAGGUUCUGUCAUUGUACAGGUGUUCAAUUUUGAUAACAAAUUUAUAAAUUAGCUAGCAAACUUUAACAUCCUGAGUAUUAAAGAUUAAAGUGUCACUAACUCAAUAAAGAAAUCUGUUGGAGAA